CUCGAACAAGUAUGACGGCAAGCGCAGCAUUUGACGGGAUGUGUCAUAUCAUUCAAAUGCUACCAAUACGACGUCCGCCCAACGUUAGACCCGAUUCAAUAGGAAGAUAAUGUAAAUACGUAAACAGUGAAUUGAAUGCAACGAUGUCGAGAUGGGCGGCAUGUGCCAAUCGGCACUUAACGGUUCUGGAGCACCAACUUUCUUCUUGGAUUCCACAACAAGCGAAGGAUCGCUUCCCGAUGCUUGCCAUUGGCCGGCCACGAAUAACCUUGGGCUGUUUGGCCACGAAGAUCCAUCCCUGGAUUGAUACAUCAAAUGGGCAUCGAGUGUUCAUUAAACGCGAUGAUCAAACUGGGUCCGUUCUUGGUGGCAACAAGAUUCGGAAGCUGGAAUUUAUUUUCGCUGACGUUCUUCAUCACGAAUGUGAUACUGUGAUAACAUGUGGAGGAUUGCAGAGCAACCACUGUCGGACUGUGGCGGCCGUGGCGGCUCAACUUGGACUUCGCUGCCUCUUAAUUCUUAGGUCGGAUCUUACGAAGGCUCUGGACGAGGUGCGGUUGAAGGGCAAUCUUCUGCUGGAUCACUUAUCCGGAGCUAAAUGUUAUCUAGUUGGGCCGAAAGAGCCUUACAAGACUCACCUGCUGCCCCGCAUGCAGGCGCUAGCCACACGUCUCCGCGAGGAACAGUAUUGCAAACCGUACAUCAUUCCCGUCGGCGGUUCGGAUAUUGUGGGGCUGUUCGGUUACCUGGCGGCUUUCGAAGAGAUCAUUCUUGACUGCCCAACAAGCGUCAAAAACAUUUUCGUUGCAUGCGGGAGUGGUGGUACGAUCGCUGGAUUGGCACUGGCUAACUAUCUUGCUGGAUCAGCUUUUAGAAUAUACGGCGUAACUGUCUGCGAUAACGCCGCCUAUUUUUAUGAUCAUGUGCAGCAGAUGAUCAACGUUUUAAUGCAGUCGUCAAAGAUCAAAGCUGAGGAUAUUUGCAAUAUUAUUGAUGGGUACAAAGGACUGGGAUAUGGGCUGUCUACGCAGGAAGAGCGUGACUUCAUAAAAGAAAUUGCAUCGAAAACGGGAAUAUUCUUGGACCCGGUUUACACUGGAAAAGCGUGCCUUGGCAUGAUGAACGAACUGGAAAGCGGAGCAGACAUUUACGAAGGGGAUUCUCUCUUUAUUCAUACUGGUGGCAUAUUCGGUAUUUUUGGUGAAACAUCUUUCGAGCGAUUACCGGAUAAUUUCAACGAAAGGAACCAGAACAUUGAAGAUCUAUAUGGGAUUAGCUUAUGGAAAGAUCCCAAAGAGCAGUUUCAUCUCUUUCCGAAAAAAUAAAAAAAUCUAAAUAGAUCUACGGUCAACCGGUUUCGUUUACGAAGUAGGACAUGUAAAACUUGUAUGGAAAAACAUCCUUGACUAGACGAUGAGAUCGUUUUCGGCAAGAGGCCUGAGAAAUGCAGCAGCAUCAGCAGCUGUGAGAAAAAUAUCAGACUGGUGACGCCGGCGGGGAACUGGUUGAGGAAACGGAAUUAUAGCUCGUUGGCACACCGGAAUCGGUGCUAGCGGUGUCAGUGCGAUGUUUAGUACGCGGGAGACCUAACCGGGUGUUCUCGUAUAAUCUGGGGGACGGAGAAUCACGGUCGGAUAGAUUAUCAGGAAUCUGGAUAGAGGGGGCAUUAUGGUGAGCCAUUCUGUGAGAAAGAUUCGGGGAUGCGGGCAUCGUGCGAGAUCCGUUGGGCUCCUUCUUCCACUGGCCAGUCAGCGCUCGAAUCGAUACUUUGUAAAUUCGGAAGGGCUUUUUUGCUGUAU